AUGGCUGAGGGAUCUGGAAAGGCUGCUCUGGUCACUGGGGGUGGCUCAGGGAUCAACCUGGAGUUUGUUCGCAUUCUCCUAGACAAGGGCUACUCUGUGAUAGUUGGUGAUCUCCAAUACCGACCCGAAGUCGAGCCCCUCCUCACACGGUUCCCUCACCCACCUACAGCGGGCAAGCCAUCUCUAAUUUUCCAGAGGACCGACGUCACCUCGUGGGUCGACCUGAGCGCCCUCUGGGCCAAGGCCGUCGAGAGCUUCCCCUCCGUCGACAUCGUCGUCCCGGGAGCCGGCCUCUUCGAGCCCAAGUGGGCCAGCUUCUGGGAGCCGCCCAAGACGGCCACCAACCCCAACUCCCAGUCUCGAGACGCCGCCGACGGCGCCCCGGGCCACUAUGCCAUCAUCGACGUGAACUUGACUCACCCAGCGCGGCUGAGCCAGCUCGCCAUCGGCCACUGGACCCGGAACAAGCUGAGGGGCAGCAUCGUUUUCAUCGGCAGCAUCGCGGGCUACACAUCCGGCAUCAACACCCCCCUCUACUUUGCCACGAAGCACGGCCUGCACGGAUUUGUCCGCUCUCUCGGAGCCCUGAGAGACAGUGUUGGUAUCCGCACCGGCUGUGUUGCUCCUGGUGCUGUCCGGACACCUCUGCUGAUGGAAGACCCGACCAAGUCUGGCAUGAGGGGCCAAGUUGAUGAGAUGGCUGAGCCUCGAGAGAUUGCCGAGGUUAUGUACCAGUUGGUCGUUAAGGAGGAAUUCGGGAAUGGCACUAUUCUUGAAUGCACAAAAGGGGGCGUAACUCGAGUGAUUCCCGAGUUCUUUAUGGAGCCUCCGGCCGGCUCAGGGGCCUCUCUUGCCGGCUAUGUUGAGGCUGGGAAGAAGUUAGUGAAUGAUCUAAGGGACAACGGCCUGCAAGUUUGA